AUGUCUGGAGCAGCAAUAACUAUUGGACCAGCGGUGGUUGGAUCGAUGAUCGCCGGCUACUUAUUUGGCUGCUCGACGAUGCAAACAUACACUUACUAUAAGCGUUUUCCAGAUGAUAGAAGAGUAUUCCAAAUUUUGGUGGCAGUCGUGAUGAUGCUCACAUUUGGACAUAUAAUUUGCAUCAUGUAUUGGACAUGGACCCUGACCGUUACAGGUUACGAGAAUCCUGACGGCGUGACCAUAUUCUCCAGUUCUCGGGACGCAAACAUCGUCCUGACACCCCUGAUUAGCACUCUUGUUCAGAUGUUUUUCAUCUACAGGUUGUUCAAAUUCUCAGGAAGCAGGACAAUCGCCGCGUUUUGUGGCAUUCUCAGCAUAUUGAACCUUACCGGCACUUUGGUAGAUGCAGCCAAGGCACUGGACAUUUCUACGAAUAGAACAACGGAAAACGCACGAAAUUGGUUGACAAUCCUGACUCUCGUUGCAGCCGCUGCUUGCGAUUUGGUGAUCACGAUUGGUCUGGUGUAUUUCCUGCAGCGUGAACGCAGGCGAACCACAGCUCACAAAAUACAUAAUAUCGCUGAUCGUCUAACCCUUUGGGCAAUUGAAACUGGUCUUGCCACCAGCAUGUCUUCCGUCUUAAUUAUUGUCUUCUUUUGUGCCAUGAGGGAUACUUUCUUAUGGACUGCUGUUUACAACAUUCUGGCUGAUGUUUAUACAAACUCGCUCCUAGCCGCACUCAAUAGCCGUAAAACCACUCGCAUUCAGGAGACUCGUGUUAUCGAUUUUCCCAGUGGUUGCGACACACCACCUGACCUUGUCAGCGAGAAACCGGAGACUAUUAAUUAG